AUGGAAUGGAAUCAGCUUGCACCAGUCUUAUCUGUGCUUUCCAUGUGCCUGUUUGUACAAUCGCAAGCUUUUACCUGGAUGUCACCAUCAUCUCUGUGUGAAUCUAGCCACGCCAUUGCCACAGAGCCAGAUCCCGCCCCACCGAUUCCAACUCUCCCCCAGCAGUACAGUAUGAAGGUGGAAUCGAAUAUUCUGCGGAGGAAAAAGUCUGUGGAAGUGGAGGAACACUAUGACAGUAUCAACCAAAGAGCUUCUGUCAGUAUCACCCGUAACGGGACAAGGCUGGUGUCAAUAUUUAACUUCAAUACAAGCCAGAGAUAUGACAUCUACCCUAAUGGCACCUGUGAGACAAGGCCAUCAAGCAUUGACUACAUGGGCUUCGUCAGCAAAAACAGUCAAAACAGGCCAAUCAUGACACCCGUCAACGACGUGUUCCGGUUCGGAUCCAAAUAUAACAUGAGCUAUGUGGGCAAGGAGAUAAACUGGAGCCAGUUUGGGGCCAAGUUCCAGAUGGACUACUACUUCUCUGACCCUAACUUCACCACAGCCACAGGCAUGUCUGAGAUCCCUGUACGUGCAGUUCUCAAUGGAUCAGCUGGCAUCCCUGGCAAGAUGUACAUCUUUGAGAAUGUCUAUGAGUUUACAUCUUUCCGGGCUGGGCCCAUUGUCAAUGAAGAGGUGUUCCAGAUACCUGCUGGAAUUGUGUGCACUGGCAGAAGUGACAACAAGCCCCUUCCUCCUGUACCAGACCAACUGGAGAUGUCCAUGGAGAUCAUGAUACCAGGAAGCAACUGGCACCCACGUGAAGAAUAUCUGAUUUAUGACUACGCUCACAAACUGGUAGAGACAACCAUGACCUUGGUAAUGGCCGAAGGGUUGAUUCCGGUCAAGUUUCGUCAGGAAGAGGUCAAGGCUGAUAACGACAUCCUUAUGGCCAUUUCUGCAAGUGUGGUCAAAGACUACAAUAAUGGUAUUGUCUAUUUGACAGAACAGAUAAACAUGACCUGCGCAGUCAGGAAAAUGAGCCCAUCUACGUCAGCAACGACUAUGGCUCAUGGAGAGAGUCUGCUCGCAGUCGCUGGUGGCAACAGCCAGUUCAUGUAUCAGGGACAGACUACAGUCAGGAGGAUGCUAGUUGAUGUCUGGGCUAUGGAAUACAAUGGUUUAUCCAUAGAAGUCUAUUUCCUUCCCAUGCUUGGCUUUCAUCCUUUCCAAUCUUUGAUAGGAAUGUUCAUGAAAAACAGGUCCGCGGCAGCUGAACUCGACAUGCCAAAGAUUUUCAAAGAAGUCUUUCAGUCUGAGAUCAAUCUCGAUGAUGAAGAUUCACAAAACAGCACCUCUUCCUCAACAAAGCCAGAUUUCACAAAAAUUACUGCUGACCAACUGGCCUGGGGACUCCAACUGGAGAAAGUGUUGGAUCGGCAUUUAUCCCAAAAAAUUGUCAAUAUCCUUCACUACAGCCCCCUGCACCUGGACACCAACAACUUCCAGGUGUCCCACUGUUUCAAGGAGCAGCAGACCAGACCAGUGCUGCUGGUCAUCAAAGCUAACUACUGCCAGGAUGUUCUUCACAACUAUGUGGGGUUUUCCAACUCAUUACGAAGUGCCCUUGCCCAGAGGAUGAGCGUCUCUCUCUUGCACAUCAGCAAUCUGGCUCUGGCACCCGACUACUUCAAUGACACAAAAGAACAUGCUACCAGAGUAACACUGACCCUCCUCGGAGCUGCCCCUGUUGAUGGCGUGAAACAAAAGCCCAUAAGUCAAGUCAAAGAGGACCUUGAAAGGGCCAUCUCCAAUGGAAUCACAUUCCGUGUUCAAUACACAACUUAUUCCAAGGAAUUCAUGGUUCACAAAUCCAUGUACCUAUUGGACUACAGAAACAAAACACUGGCAAACACAGAGCUUGCUCUCAUGGACAAGGUGACUGAACCACAAGGGUCCCAUGGCCAAUAUUCCUCAGGUACUGUUGCUGGAAUUGCUUUUGGUACUUUAGUCCUCGGAGCUGUGUUAACUACAGGUGUGCUUUACCUGCUGUAUAAGUGGAAACGUCCAGGGAUGCCUCUGACACCAUACAAACAACAAUCCGACUGCUGA